GUAUGUAUUAUCAACAGAAUAUCGUUUUUCCUACACACUCUCUUUAAGAGAAACAUGCCAUUUCAACUUGUUGAGAAGUCUAGUUCGAGUUUAGUUAUUCAUCAACAAUCUCAGUGACAAUACCACUCUACAAAAUGCUCUCAAGAUUUUCGAUAUUGCUGACGGUGCUUUUUGGAGUGUACUUUGCUGUUCAUACUGAAGAUUGUCAAACACCUAAGCAUUAUUCUGAAAUAGGAUGCCAAGCCAUAUUACAAGAAGGAGAUAAUUGUCCGAAACGCUUUGACUGUGAAACCAUUUUAAGAAGAACGGACAAGGAGUGCUUUUAUCAGGGAUUAUUGUAUAAUGAAGGUGAUAAUAUAUCUGAGAAUAUCACGAAAGGAGCCUGUCAAGCAGCCUGCUUUUGUCGAGAUGGGACUAUAACUUGUGCAAAUAUUGAAUGUCCUGAACUAUUUGGUACUUAUAAGAAAGGUUGUAUUCCUCAAAAUAACAUAGAUGACUGCUGUGCCUCUGAUUAUAUUUGUGCCGAGGAAGAUAUUAAUAAAUUGCCAUUAUGCUACAUGAACGACCGAGAAUAUCGUCUGGGAGAAAAGAUUCAUAUAUCAGGAUCUUGUUACAUUUGCAUUUGUGCCAACGGAUUCGACAACACCACUAAAAUUGAGGAAAAUCCACACUGCCAAUUGAUAAAUUGCGGCUUAGAGCUACAUUCCUCUGGUAACUUAAAAGCAGGAUGUACUCCAAUAUAUUACAAAAAAGCUACUUGCUGCCCUAUCGGUUGGAGAUGUCCUAAUGAUUCAGACAAGGUAAUAGAAGCUGAAGGACGAACAACUGACGGAGAUCCAAAUAUGGAGUGCACUUUUGGAAAUCUCAAACUUAAAGUUGGUAAUCAACUUUCAACAGAAGAGGGUUCUCCGGUAAUAUGUGAAUGCAGCAUUCCGCCUAUGGUUACUUGUAUCCAAAAUCCUGAUGAAUUACAGUAAUGUACUCCAAUAA